UACAUUAUCGAAGCUGCAUAUUUAAUUGGAAAUAAUUCCGCUGAUAAUUAAUUUUUAACGAAUGGAACCUAAGAAAAUCGGAUUAGAUGAAAAUGCGUCCGACUGUGAAUUCGGAUGAAUCCGUAACAACAGAUCGAUCCGCAGAUGUCAUUCGAUACACCGAUCAUCCAUCACGACAUCCUAAGGAACAAAUAUCUAGCAGAAAAAAUGCACAAACGGAAUACGAAGCGCAUUUAUUGCAAAAUGCUGCCCAUUCCUCAACAUAUAAAUCUGGCACGGCACCAUUAGAUCGGCACAACGCCGUUUAUCGCGAACAGCGUGUCAAUGACACAGUGGAAAAUCGGGGCAUCUCGAAAGAACCCGAGCAAAGAGAGCAGAAACAUAAAGGUGUCGACACGUCUGAUCUCGAUUUGCCACAUAGGUGUCGAUCGUCCUGCAUUAAGCAUCUAUGGUGCGUGAAAUUGUGCCGUAGGAAGAAAGAAUAUUCCGAACGCAUUCUGGAAGAGCCGACGAGACGGUUUCUUAGGCGAAUGAAGGAGCGAAGCAAGUGCGAAAAACCAGACGACGUAGCGGUCAUCGGUGUAUCAGGCACUCUGCACCGAGAACCGAUAAGCCGCCCGAGGAAAUCCAAGAGAGGUCGUAAACAGGAUGAAGCGGUGGAAGUUGCCGAUAAGGAUGUCUAUGAGAAAAUCAGGGAGGAGAGGAGAAGGGAGAGGAAGGAAAAGGAAAAGAGGGAGAGGAGAGAAAGACGUAGGUGGGAAGAGCGAAUGCCGCAUUUUAUCGUGGACACGCACUUGGUAACGCGCGACGAGGACCUAGAAGUCCCCGAGGAUGACGUCCCCGGGAAACCGCCUUUACCGCUCACCGACUUCACGAAGAGUUGCUGUUACUUGUGCGCCCAGAACACGCUGGCGAUCGCAACCGCCAGUGCCAAACCAGAGCAGUCCGACAAGUCUGUUCAAGUUUCGGCUCAUAAAUUUCACGCGGAGACACCCCUGACGCUCGAUAAGAGCUGCAGCCCGAUACUGCUGUUGCGCACUAUGCAGUCGUCCGUCAAAGUGAGGACGCGCGAGACCAGCACGCUCUGUCCCGGUACGAGCGUGGCACAGCGCAGAGAAACGGAGCCGAAGUCGAAAAAGCGCAAGAAGUUCAACGUGUUCUUGGGGUUGACGCGGACGAAGUGCCCGGCGGGACGGCACGCCUGCGAGACUGAUAAACCUACGACCGUUAGACGCGACAAUAACGCGGAGAAACGCGAGCCGAGAAACGAAAAGUGUUGCAGAGACAAGAAUAUUUGAUACAUGGGAUAUAUCGAAAUUUAUUAAUUGUGACGUUUAAUUAUUCGAUGGGGAAGAAAUAAUUACGCAUCAUUAUCUCUCAACUCUUGCGCGAGUAAUCCUAUUAUUUUAUAUUAUAUUCAAAUAUUCAGGAUUCUUGUGAUUUUAUCAAAAUCUGUAAUUAUAUUUAUCGGACCUUCUCUCUACCUUCUCGUACAAGAUUUAAAAAUAAACUAUUUAUUUUACUUUUUUGAUAAAACUAUAAAAACUUACACGGUAAGGUAUAAUUUAUGGAUUGAAAGAGAGAGAAGAGAGAGAGAGAGAGAGAGAGAGCUAGUAUGUAUUACAUAGACAACUCUUCGAUACUACUUCAUAUUUUUGGGGGGCAUUUGAUAAUUCAUGAUGUAGAUCUUCUUUAUUUUUAAACGGCAUUUUACUGCGGCUCUCCCAUAAACUUUACAUAGAAAUGCGCGGCCCUAACUUGAGUGUAUAUUUGAAUUGCAUGUUGCAUACGAAUAACUUCGAUAACACACGUAAUGCUACAGCUUGGCUUAUAUCUCUGUCAAUAAAUUAUAUCUUGCUGUGUAAGCUUAGUUCCAUUUAUACGCGCAUACAACAUAAACAAAAAAUGUAAUUUUUUAAACUAUGCACAAGUUAAAAGAGUUAGUUAAAGCAGAGAGUCCUACGUACACAUAAUUCUUUCAUCGAACAUAAAAUCUCAUCCUUUCUGCUUUCCUCAUUCUUUAUUCUCCCGCCUUCAACCUUUCCUCGUCAUGAUUCUCGCAAAGUUUGAUAGACGAUAAGAAGUUCCCUUUUUAUCUCACUCUUUAUUAAAGAUAGUAAAGUGCAGCGUUUUUCCUUAGAAGCCUUCAAAUCUUUUAAUUAUAUUGCUCCUUCAUACCUCGUUCCAUAAGGUUUGCGAGAAAGCAAAGAUUCUCUUUAUGGUUAUUAAAAAAGAAGACAGUGUUGAGAUUUCGAGCAAAAAAUACAAGAUUGUUACAAUAAUUUUUUAAAACCUUUCACAAUAAAAGAAAAAU